AACAACCAAUUGUCGUCUCACUUCGCAAUUCACAUGAAUUUUCUUUUGUUUUGGUUACCGCAUUAAUCGACGCUCAUAUCCUUUCAAUUGUCAUUCGUUUUUGGUAGGAACACAAACCCACUUCAUCCCUCUAUUCUGCAACAACACAGGCAAAACCAUCAAUACAUAUAUAUUUAUAUACAUACAUACAUACAUAUUUAUUUAUAUAUAUAUAUAGAUAUAUAUAUAUCUUAGAGAGAGAAAGAGAGCAGGAAAUUGAAUUGUGUAGUAUGGAUUGAAGUGAGUAAACUAGGUUGUAGAAGAAGAGAGAGAAAUAGAUGGCGAAUUUGUAUGUUCAAGCAGUGCCACCAACGGAUCUGAACAGGAACACGGAGUGGUUCACGUACCCAGGAGUGUGGACGACCUACAUACUCAUCCUAUUCUUUUCAUGGCUCAUUGUCCUCUCCUUCUUCGGUUGCUCCCCUGGCAUGGCCUGGACCGUUGUUCAUCUCUCUCAUUUUCUCGUCACAUAUCACUUCUUUCACUGGAAGAAAGGAACACCAUUUUCUGAUGACCAGGGCAUUUACAAUCGGUUGACAUGGUGGGAGCAAAUAGAUAGUGGCAAGCAGCUCACUCGCAACAGAAAGUUUUUGACAGUUGUACCUGUAGUCCUGUACUUGAUAGCCUCACACACGACAGACUACCAACACCCAAUGCUCUUUUUGAACACACUGGCAGUUUUCGUGCUAGUGGUUGCCAAGUUCCCACACAUGCACAAGGUCCGUAUUUUUGGAAUCAAUGCUGACCAGUAAGCUGAGAUCCACUGAAAGAAUAUAAGUUCAGUUUUACUCUAGUUACGAUGUCUGGAUCAUUUUGGCAUUUCAGUGUAAUGGUAAUACCUCCUUGCAGAUGUUGGAACUGGUAAAGGUAUAUUGUUUUUCUUUCUUCUUGUAGUGAAAAUCUUCCUGAGUGGUGUCCUUUCAAUGAGAUGCUUGAAAGGAUAUUAUACUCGUUGUAUGUUUUCUUUGUACAAGUCAAAAUUGUUGAAAUUUCUGAAAUCUAGAAAGUCACUUUUUAUUUAA